CCUUACCUUGAUCCUGGAGGGGAGGAGUCAGCUUUGCCAACUGCCUUGAACCUGUUUGAGCCACCACCUGUCACACAGACACAGCGCUUGUGAAGAGAGAAAGGGAGACAGGACACCACAGGGUGCUGCACAGACCCAAGGAUACCCAUGGAGGUCCUAGCCAGUGUGCAGUCUGAUGCCCAUCCAGCCCUUUGACCACCGGGAAUGGAAUGAGCCUAUGCACUCCCUCCGGAUCAGUAUAGGGGGCCUUCCUGUGUUGGCAUCCAUGACCAAGGCCACGGACCCUCGCUUCCGUCCCCGCUGGAAGGUGAUCCUGACAUCCUUUGUGGGCGCCGCCCUCCUCUGGCUGCUGUACUCCCACCAUCAGGCCCCAGGACCGGGCAGGUCCCCCAUCCACAAUGCACACAACUGGAGGCUCAGCCAGGAGCAUGUCUCUCACUACAAUGACACCUACCCCCUGUCACCCCCACAGAGGACUCCAGGUGGGAUUCGGUACCGAAUCGCAGUCAUUGCUGACUUGGACACGGGGUCCAGGGCCCAGGAGGAAAAUACUUGGUUUAGUUACCUUAAGAAAGGCCACCUGACCUUGUCGGACAGUGGGGACAAGGUGAACGUGGAGUGGGAUAAAGACCAUGGGGUCCUGGAGUCCCACCUGGCAGAAAAGGGGCGGGGCAUGGAGCUCUCUGACCUGAUCGUCUUCAAUGGGAAGCUCUACUCCGUGGACGACCGUACAGGAGUCAUCUACCAGAUUGAAGGCACCAAAGCAGUACCCUGGGUGAUCCUUUCUGAUGGUGAUGGAACCGUGGAGAAGGGCUUCAAAGCUGAGUGGCUCGCUGUGAAGGACGAGCACCUCUAUGUGGGAGGCCUGGGCAAGGAGUGGACCACCACUACAGGGGAGGUGAUGAACGAGAACCCAGAGUGGGUGAAGGUGGUGGGCCACAAGGGCAGCGUGGACCACGAGAACUGGGUGUCGAGCUACAACGCUCUGAGAGCUGCCGCUGGGAUCCGGCCGCCAGGCUACCUCAUUCAUGAAUCUGCCUGUUGGAGCGACACACUGCAGCGCUGGUUCUUUCUGCCACGCCGGGCUAGCCACGAGCGCUACAGCGAGAGGGACGAUGAGCGCAAGGGCAGCAACCUCCUGCUGACCGCAGCCCAGGACUUCAGGGACAUCUCCGUGAGGCGCGUGGGGGAGCUGGUCCCCACUCAUGGCUUCUCAUCCUUCAAGUUCAUCCCUAACACUGAUGACCAGAUCAUCGUGGCUCUCAAGUCAGAAGAGGACAGCGGCAGGAUUGCCACCUACAUCAUGGCCUUCACGCUGGAUGGCCGCUUCCUGCUUCCAGAGACCAAGAUCGGCAGUGUGAAGUAUGAAGGAAUAGAAUUCAUCUAGCUGAGUGAGCUCCCAAGCCCAGCACAGUGAGGGCAGAUGGCCUGAGCUGUACCAGGACUCAAUUUCAUAAAAUCCAGAGGAACGCACUUUCACUUGUUUGCUUU